AUGACUCUGCCUCUGCCCCCGUGGAAGGACAGCUCCUCCAGAGAACACCAGCCACAACAGCAGUCCAUUCUCCCAGAAAAAAAUCUUCACCAUGGCCUAUAAAGCCGCACAUUUGGCCUUUAAGUCGCGCUGGCACAAGACAGAUGAGGAGCUCUGUCGGCACAGCAUGUCCUUUGUCCUGCACAAGGCAAUCCAGAAUGACUUCUUCAAGUGCUACCUCUACCUGCUGGAAAAGCUCCCCCUGGUGAAGCUUUACGCCCUGACAAGCCAAGUGAUCAACGGGGAGAUGCAGUUCUACGCCAGGGCCAAGCACUUCUACCGCGAGGUGCCCGCCACGGAGGAGGGAAUGAUGGGGGACUACAUCGAGCUCUCCAACACCGACGUGGAGUCCUCACGGGAAUUCCUCAGGAAGUUUGUUGGGGGGGUGGGGAAAGCUGGCACCAGCCGUGCCCUGGACUGUGGCUCUGGGAUAGGUCGGAUCAGCAAGCACGUCCUGCUGCCCGUUUUCAAGAGUGUGGAGCUGGUGGAUAUGAUGGAGAAUUUCCUGGCUGAGGUCCCAAACUACCUGCAGGGCAAGGAGGACAGAGUAGAGAUGUAUUACUGCAAAAGCCUCCAGGAAUUCACACCUGCCCCACGAAGAUACGACGUCAUCUGGAUUCAGUGGGUUUCAGGAUACCUGACAGACAAAGAUCUCCUGGAGUUCCUCAUCCGCUGCCAGGGUGGCUUGAAGGACAACGGAGUGAUCAUUCUGAAGGACAAUGUGGCCAGGGAGGGCUGCACCCUGGACUGCCUGGACAGCAGCGUCAUCCGCGACCUCAACAUCCUGCACAGCCUCAUCGAGAUGAGCGGACUCACCAUCCUCAGGGAGGAGAGGCAGGAGGGCUUCCCCGAGCAGUGUGUCCCUGUCUGGAUGCUGGCCAUGCAGAAGGGCCCUGGCCACUCCUGA